GUGGCAAUAUGGCUGUAGUCUUGCGCGCAGUUUGGGAAUGGACGCACACUCGAUAGUUACUCACUUCCAUUCACCAAUUUUUGUUGAUUAUCAUUUAUUACUUGUCAAACGGAUACCCAUACCCGUCUUAUGGGUGAGGGAUUGACAUCUGUAUCUCGUAAACAUCAGUUUAAUAUUGCGAGAUAACAUGAGUGAAAUUGUCGAGCUGGCGCACAGUGUGGAAAAUUCAACUGCGUCGAAAGGUAUGGAGGGCCGACAGUGGAUGGAAAAGUUCAAAGCGAUGCUCCUGCUCAAUCGAUUUACUCCUGGCUCUUUGAUCUCCUUAAUGACAUAUUACGCAAGAAAUGUACAACCCAGUGUUAGUGAGUGUCAACCGAAGCCACUCAAGGUGGAAAAAUUGAGAGAGUCAAUCAGUGAAACUCUGCGCUUCUUUUUGUAUUGUUAUAGAGCUCAAAGAGAGACCUUUCAGGAGACAGAGCGAACGGAUUAUAUGGACACGAUGUCUGAUUUAUUGGCAAUGUACAUAGAUAUUGAGCUGAAAGCAUCAAAAAGGAGUGAUGAGGCGCAGUCCAAUAUUUCAGCUCGAUUAACUUCGUACCUUUAUAUUUGCUUAGAUAAUUCACAUCAACACCUCAUGGAUACUCUUCUGAAAGUUCAAUUCCUCAGUUCUACGUAUCAUCAGAUUUUAGAUCCACUUAUAGAGAAAAUCCUGCAGAUGGUACCGGAGCAUCCGAUUAAUGGUGUCAUGUACGUUCGAUAUUUUCUCGUCUAUCGUAUCUGGAAGAGAAUAAAUAAAGGCUCGCCAAUGAAGGACGACAUAGCUGUGAAGGCGAAAACCUCCCUGCGUUCGUCGCCUCCUGCAUUACCAGAGUAUCUUGUUGAUAGUGUACUACCGAAAGUGCCAAAUGAUGAGAAAAUCACCACUGAAGUUUUAUUAAUACAGAAAUUUGAUCUAGAGAAGUCAGCUGAGAAUUUUCUCAAAUUCGUGAAAGAUUCGAGAGAACUACCUCCUGUUCAAAGCCCUCAAUCUACCCAGAAUGAAAAGCAACCUGAAGAUAAAUCGGCUAUUAAUUCAAAAAAAAAAUUAUGUUUAUCGCGUAGAUUACCGGGAAAAUUGAGUGAAGUAGUUUUAAUUGAUUUAACAAAUGAUGAGACAAGUGGUAGGGUAUUGAAGCAGAAGAAAAAAUCUGGCAGACGUCUGUCGUGGCUGCAAGAGGUGGCAAAGCGAAAAAUGACGAGCAGUAGCGCCAAGGAAGAUAGCACCACUGAAGAUUCCCAAAAAUUGGACUUAUCAUUGUUUCUCACGACAGAUGGAGAUCAAUCAAUAAUCAUUGAGGACCAGCGAGAGAGAGAGUCAAGUGGAACUGAUAUCGGCAGUCAGUCUUUGACGGAGAGGACUCAAACCGUUGAAAUCGAUUCUUGUGAUCCAACGAGGGUCCCACAGAUCGAUGAUAUUGUAAUUCCUUCAUUGCAGGACUCUCCAGCAGCAGCUAACGAGGUGGAAAGAGUUACCAUGGAGAGUGAAACUAUUGAGAGUGGAAUUAAAGUACAAAUAGAAGUUCAGAGUGAGCUUGAAGAAACGACUGAAAUUAACGAAUUAAAGUGUGAAGAUAAUAUAACAGAGAUAUUAAAGAGUGAAAUUAUUGAUGAUGCUAAUUCAACAAGUACAAAUUUAGUUACUGAGUACCAGAGGGACACUGUACUUCAUAUUAAUCAGAGAUUGGAUGAGAGCCGAAAGAAUGUACUUGAGCGUUUGCCGGAGAAAAUGAUCGAUACCGAGUACCAAGAGCAGCAUAUCGACGGUCUCUCAUUACUCGCUAGUGUAUCACAAAGAAUAUCUCACUUGAGUACAGCUACAACGAGCCAUCCAAUCAAUCCAAAUCGUGAGAUUAUCAAAGUUAAGGAUUACAAAAGUCUGACUGACUUUGGAAGUACUAACGAUAUCCUUGAAAGCAAUAACAUCGACGAAGUAGCAUUUCAGGUUGAGGUGUCUUCGUCGGAGGACAUCUCAGAUAACUGCACAAGUGUAGUGUAUCCUACCCAACGUCUCGAUAAAUUGCCCACUGACGAGGAUAACGGCUGUCCAAGUACCUCAGUCGACAGUUCGAUACAAUCAGAGAGGGAAGAGACAAAUGUCAUUCUCAACGGUGAGACAGUAUUUCUCUACCAGAAAUCACCGAACAGCAAUUUGUAUAUAAUAAAUAAAGCUAUUGAGAAUCACGAGGAUGAGGAGACGACCAAUUUGAGUGAGAAGAUGUCUCCAAUAGAGGGCAUUGACGAGGUCAAUUAUCCCUACGAAAUUUACGACAAAAUGUACAGAAUCUCUCAGCCACCAGUGCCCCAGAUAUUUGACGAUCCCAGACGCGCACAAAAGGUCAAAGUAACUGCUUCAAACGACAGUAAUCGAGCAGUUGAUCUCCAGAAAUCUGGAAAGAAAGCCAGCAUUGAAGCUAAAUCACCGAGAAGGCACAGAAUGAGACAAGAAUUCAAUGGUUGUCCCUCUGAUCUUGUCGACCCACAUUCCAUUCGUAUUCCCACAGCACCCCUCUAUCACGCCAACUAUCCAACACCUGAAUUAUUUAUCUCGUGCCCCCAAAAUUGCAGCUCGGUUACCUGCGCCAUUCCUGUCAAUCAUUCAGCAUCACCCAUUCAUUCUCAUCCAAACUCAUCAAGAUGUACAUGUUUAAAUUGUCGUUAUGACAUUGUCACACACUGCACCCAGUGUAUUAUUCCACCGGGUGACGCCCAGACCACCAGUGGAAUCGAUGGUGGCUAUUACAUUGGAAUUCAGCCGACGUCUGUUCUGAAAGACUGUAGCCUAGAGGCUAAUACCCAAAAUGACGUCAAACCAUUCGAUGACAAGCCCCUGUACAGCAUUGAGCUUGGUAAUGGCAUUGAUAACAACCACGGGAUAUUGAAAAAUGUCAACAGCAAGUUACCUUUGAAGAAGCGGUUCAGUAUGAUGUCUGCGAGUUUUGUGGAGACUCUCCAGACGGACAAAUCAAUUGGUAAUUAUUCCAACUUGUCUAUUAAAUCUAUUGCCACUCGCGAUAACAGUAGAGACGGUAAAUUAUCCCCUAGAUUGCAGAAAGAAGAAGAGAAUGUGAUCAAUGGCUAUCACUUUGAUGAUCUUGAGCUAAAGCAAUCCGAGAUUGGCAGUGGUGUACCAAUAAAAAGUCGAAAAAGUCCGGAGAGUGGAAUAUCGAGGCCUUCGAAGAAUGUUAUGGAGCCUAAAACUCCGACAAAAAAUUCAAAAAGACAGACCAGACUGUCCAAGAGAAAAGUACCUAGAGUUAAUUACAACUAUCCUGAUGAUGAGAUUGACAGAAAUCCGUCCGGUGUGUCUAGGCGUAAGCGCAAGAGAACCCGAUGAUCAUUCAAGUCGAGUCAAAUUAUUCAUUCGACUCACAGUCAAAUAUCUCACCGUUCGACAGGCUGUGGUUAGUAUCAUUACGUGUACAUACUUAUUGAAGAAAACACCGAUAGAUUAGUUCGAAUUAGGUAAUAGUAUAUCUCCAGGUUGUUGAGGUGGGCUUUUAUUUUUAUUUUUUUUGCUGUGUGGAAUUGGCGUUCUAGGCGAUGAUCUAGCCAACCAUCAGUGCGAAUAAAAUCCCAUCGCAAUAACCUGGAUAUUUCCGUUUUGAUUGUCAUGUUUUCGGGUUUGGAGGUGUGCAGUAUCGAUUUCCAAAUGAAAAAUCGUGAGAAGCAGUACGGAAAAAUUAAUUAUGUAUGACCGAUGCGGCAUGGAAGAUUCAUCACUUGAAGAUUUCAACAAUUUGAAGAUUAUGAUUAUUUAACUGGUGGGAAGAAGAGGAAAAAUUCAUAUUUUUUCUUUAUCGCUGAAGAAUUAUCACUGGAGUAGAAAAUAAUGCGCAUCGAUUCAACACUGGUGAGUUAUUAAUGGAUGAUUGAAUAAUCAGACUGUCUGGCGAAUUUAUGAGGAUUCCCCUCUGCGAUUAUCAGCUGGGGGACGUCUGUGAAGAUUACGAUUAUUUAACUGUUCGAGAGGAGAAAACAAACACAUGGUUUUUCUUUCUCGCUGAUGAAUUCUCCCUGGAAUGGAGAAUAAUGUGCAUCGAUACAACUGGUCAGUUGAGAGCGGAAGCGUUAUACGAGUCGUUUCAAUAUAAGAUAGCGCCAAUAUCACAACACUGGUCAGCUGAGAAAGCGGAGGCAUACCGAGCCGUAUCAAUAUAAGAAACAGCGCCAAUAUCAGAAUUUCUGCCAUAUACCGAAAAUUCACCGACCAACAUACAACUGAAAUAAAAGCUGAUUGAGUAUUUGCACCAGAUACCGACGCAUCCAUGUACUCACCCGUUGUAUUUACUGGUAAAUAUAUAAAUGAGAGUGGGUGUGGAGCCUCAUAGGGACCUCUGGUGCGAAUAGUCAUAUUUAAUUAAAAUGAAAAAGCCAAAUAAUUAAUAAACCAAGUAGAACUUGACUAUUUUUCGUGGAACGCUAAGUGGGGGAUUCAUAAUCAAAACCGAAUUCAAAGGACCCUAGUCAAUGAAUAACAGAUGUGUACCCUGGUUUUACCAUUUCGAUUGUUAAUUUAUUUUUUAUCUCAAUGAAUUUGCUUGAUGUCUUCCCAUGAGUCCAACGGGUGUCGAUUAUUCCCUCGAUCCGUUUUUUAGUCUCAUCGACUUUUAUUUUUUACGUCAGAUCUAUUACUUUAGGUUUUUUUUUUUAUUAGUAAUUAUGCAACGAAAGACUGAGAAAGAAAAUAUUGCCGCUUGUAUGUUAUUUAAGUAGAAUCGUAGAGAAGCGGAGGCUGUCAAAUUUAAUGGGUGAUUACUAGUUUUAGAGAAUCUUCAUGACUUCCUGGCAGCUGAACUUAAUUUGAUAACUGAUGUCCAAAACUGUGAUUAAUCAUGUUCAGUUUGAUGAUUUUUUGUAUUUGUAUACAGAAGCGAAGUGAUAAAAUGAGGAUUUUUCUUAUUUAUUCUUAUUUAUCUAGAAAGAAAAAUCGAAUAACAAUCAACCGAUUUUUUUACUAAUCCAUGAUUAAUGCAAAAAUUCAACUUAUCUCUUCGCUACUGAAUUGUCUGUGCCAUUCUUCAUAGUUACCCACAUUUGCCAAAUAAAAUCAUUGAAAAUAUACGAUAAUUACCCGCAUUGUAAACAGCCUAACAGUCACUCGUUGUAUUGCAGAUAAUUUUCACCUAGUUUAAUGAUAGUUUGUCAUAGUUCUCGGUUUCUUCCAACCAAUGUAUCCAUUACCUCCAAUUCAAUUGAAUGUUAAUACUUAUUACGUUAUUACAAUUUAUUAUUUAAUUAACAAAUCUGAUAGUCAUAAGAACAAGAAGUAUUAGAAAGAAACCUCAGAGUGUGUACGAGUGUCGUAGAGCAAUUGUGAGAGAUGAAUGUUUUAUCGGAGGUGUGUCAAGACCGUUGUUUCUUUCCUUUCGUGGAAAACAGAAUAAAUGACAUAU